GCUGCAGUCAAGCAGUUUUCAGACGCUCCCUAGGUGUGACAGGCUGGGCUGCCUCCUAGUAGCCGGCAGUAGGAGUCACGCUUGGAACCCGGGAGGGAUUAUAGGCAGCGGCGCGUAGGGGAGAGGAUAUCCCGGCGCAUCGCACAAUCUGCUGAUCUUUGGCAGCGAGGAGCUGUGAUUUUUUUUUCCAGCCCAGAGAUAGUGGGAGCUGCCGCGUUUGGAUGGAUCCCUAGCUCUGCAUCUGGGCUUGUUUCUCUCUAAUACUUCAUCAACUGGAAUCCGCCUUCUCUAGGACCCCGGUGCUUCCUACCGCAACGUCCUGCUCGUCAUUCCCGGACUCUCGGAUUCCCCCAUCGCGAUCUCUAGGGGAAGAGUGGGGGGCACCAUUCUGCCUGCGAUGCACUGAGGACGGGCGGGGGGAGCCGCAAACAUGACGGUGGAUUUUGAAGAAUGCAUCAAGGAUUCACCCCGCUUUCGGGCAUCGAUAGACGAGGUGGAAACAGAUGUGGUGGAAAUUGAAGCCAAACUUGACAAGUUGGUGAAACUAUGCAGCAGUAUGCUAGAAGCUGGCAAAACCUAUCUUACAACCAACAAGCACUUUGUAAGUGGCAUCCGAGACUUAUCGCAGCAGUGCAAGAAAGAUGAGAUGAUCUCGGAAUGCCUGGACAAAUUUGGGGAUAGUCUGAAGGAGAUGGUGAACUACCACAUGAUCCUGUUUGAUCAAGCUCAGAGGUCUGUACGGCAGCAGCUGCACAUCUUUGUCAAAGAUGAUGUCAGGAAAUUCAAGGAAUCCAAGAAGCAGUUUGAUAAGGUGAGAGAGGACCUGGACAUUGCACUGGUGAAGAAUGCGCAGGCACCACGCCACAAACUACACGAAGUGGAAGAGGCCAGUAGUACUCUGACCAUAACCAGGAAAUGCUUCCGGCAUCUUGCACUUGACUAUGUAUUACAGAUCAAUGUCUUGCAAGCCAAAAAGAAGUUUGAAAUCCUGGAUGCAAUGUUGUCGUUCAUGCAUGCCCAGUACACCUUCUUCCAGCAAGGAUACAGCCUGCUAAAUGAGCUGAAUCCCUAUAUGAAACAACUCGCCUCAGAGUUGGACCAACUGGUCAUUGACUCUGCUGUGGAAAAGAGAGAGAUGGAGCACAAACAUGCGACCAUUCAGCAAAGAACGCUUCUUCAGGACUUUUCCUAUGAUGACUCCAAGGCUGAUUUUAAUGUUGAUGCUCCUAAUGGAGUUGUAAUGGAAGGAUAUCUCUUCAAGAGGGCCAGCAAUGCGUUUAAAACGUGGAACCGGAGAUGGUUCUCCAUCCAGAACAGCCAACUGGUUUAUCAAAAGAAGCUAAAGGAUGUUCUGACUGUGGUGGUGGAGGAUCUGAGACUAUGCACUGUGAAGCCUUGUGAGGAUAUAGAAAGACGGUUUUGCUUUGAGGUUGUCUCGCCUUCCAAGAGCUGCAUGCUUCAGGCUGACUCUGAAAAGCUCCGACAAUCGUGGAUCCAGGCAGUGCAAGCGAGUAUUGCCUCUGCGUAUCGGGAGACUCCAGAUAACUAUUACAUAGAGCGCCUUGAUAGAACGGCUUCCCCCUCCACUAGCAGCAUUGAUUCUGCCAGUGAUUCCCGGGAGCGCAGUGUGAAAGGAGAGAGCAUUCUGCAGAGAGUGCAGAGCAUAGCAGGGAAUGACCAGUGCUGUGACUGCGGGCAGACUGAUCCUCGAUGGGCCAGCAUUAAUCUGGGCAUCACACUUUGCAUUGAGUGUUCUGGGAUUCACAGGAGUCUUGGUGUGCACUUCUCUAAAGUCCGUUCCUUGACUUUGGAUUCUUGGGAACCAGAGUUACUGAAGCUGAUGUGUGAAUUAGGAAACAGCACAAUAAACCAGAUCUACGAGGCAAAAUGUGAGCACUUAGGCCUCAAAAAGCCAACAUCAGGGUGUUCUAGGCAGAACAAAGAAAUUUGGAUAAAGGCCAAAUAUGUGGAGAAGAAGUUCUUGAAAAGGUUAGGGACAGUGGAAGUAGAAAAUGACAGGAAACCACAAAGAUGGAGUAUGAAGAAAUGCCACCGUAACAACAGCACCACCAAAGUGCCCUCCACCCGCAGGAAAUUCAGACACGAGAUGGGCAGUGCUUCUCCAGCCAUGCUUUCUUCAGCAAAAAUGGAGAGGAAAUUCCGUCGGGAUUCUUUGUUCUGCCCAGAUGAGCUGGACUCUUUGUUUUCUUACUUUGAUACAGGAUCUGGGCCACGCAGUGUCAAUCUGCUUCCUGCGCAGCACCCCCUGCCAGCUGUACCGUGGACUGGCAGUGGAGCUGAGCCCGGUGGGAGCGCUAUGCCGUUCCUCCGGGAUGGAGGUUUGAGCAGUGACAGUGGACUCGGUGGCAGCACAGAUGGCAGCAGUGAUAUACUGGUAUUUGGAGCUGUGGUGGACAGUGUCACAGAGGAAGAGUGUGAGGUUUCAGAAGACUCAAGUGGGGAAGCUGAGACUGAACAGGAACCAUCAGAUCCAGAGGAUCUACGGGAACUACAUCCAGGGCUGUUAAUGUACAGGGCGUCACGUGCCAGAAACCUUCCAUUUAUGGCAGAAGCUCUGGCUAAUGGGGCCAAUGUAAAUUGGGUUAAUGAUGAGGAUGAAAGCAAGACCCCCCUUAUCCAAGCUGUCCUAGGGGGGUCACUCAUUGCUUGUGAGUUCUUGCUACAGAAUGGGGCAGACGUAAACCAAACUGACAUGAGAGGAAGAGCACCUAUUCACCAUGCCACAUACCUGGGACAUACUGGUCAGGUCUGUUUGUUCCUGAAACGAGGGGCCAAUCAGCAUGCAGUAGAUGAGGAUGGACAAGAUCCGCUCAGCAUCGCUGUGCAGGCAGCCAACGCAGACAUUGUUACAUUGCUUCGACUUGCUCGGAUGAAUGAAGAGAUGAGGGAAGCAGAAGGACCAUUCGGACAACCAGGUGACACUACUUAUUUGGAUAUUUUCCGUGAAUUUUCACACAUGGCCUCCAACAACCCUGAGAAGCUGAGCCGGAGAAGUGUUCAUUUCAGUAAUUCUUGCAGAUAGUUUAUGUGGAACUAUUUCCCUAUGAAGAUUCAUGUUUCAAAGGCCAACGUGGACAUUCCAUAUGGAACAACAUUCUCUUUGGAUUAGGACCAGUACAGUGGGCACAGCAUAUACCCAAACAUUAAAGCCCAAUCAAUCAGGUGUUCUAGAGCGGAACCUCUAUCAAGUACUCAAGUCUUUUUGGUUGUGGAGCCUAUGGAGAGUGUGGCAAUCACAUGAUGCAUAAUUUGUUUAAAACCAUCUUCUACAAGUACACACACACAUAUAAUGUUUAUUGUCAAGUUAAAGGAAUAGAAUUAUCUGUAUCUGCAAUUUGCAAAUGUUUGAGAAGAAUUAAUGCCACUAUCUUACUUAUUGUCAAUGGACUUGGAUAAAAUGCACUUAAGUAUGAGUAAAAAAAAUGUUAAUUAUCAAUGACAAGUUAAUUAAAAACCAAUUUUUAUAUAUAUAUAUAUAUAUAUAUAUAUAUAUAUAUAUAUAUAUAUAUAUAUUAUACACAUGUAGGUGUAUACAGUAUGUACCUCUAGUGGCAACACUGCUCCUAUAGUUGGGCAACAUUAGCACCUGAGGUGGAAGCAGUUGAGUAAGAACUAAACCAUAAUUCACUUUUUUUGUUUUAUAAAUGCAAUUAUUUACUUAUCAAAACUAUUAGUAGAAGACAUUUAGCAUAAAUUAUUUGGUGUUGAACUAGAGCAGUGAUCCCCAACCAGUAGCUCGUAAGUAACAUGUUGCUCACCAACCUCUUGGAUGUUGCUCCCAGUGACCUCAAAGCAGCUGCUUAUUU